CAGUAGUUCCAUUUAUUUCAGUGAAAACAGGGACUGGAACAGAUAUUUGUACGAUCACAUUCGUAGUGGCAUUAUCCACAAUAGCAAAAGGGGGAAGCAACCGAAAUGUCCAUUGACAGAUAAAUGGAUAAAUAAAAUGUGGUAUCUACAGCCAAUGGAUUAUCAUUCAGCCUUUAAACGGAAGGAAAUUCUGAAACAUGCAACAAUAUGGAUGAACCUUGAGGACAUUAUGCUAAGUGAAAUAAGGCAGAUACAAAAAAAAAAUACUAUGUGAUUCCUCUUAUAUGAGGGACCUAGGGCAGUCACAUUCAUAGAGACAGAAAGUGGCAUGGUAGUUGCCAGGAGCUGGGCUGAGUGGGAAAUGAGGAUUGUGUUUAAUGGGUACAGAGUAUCAGUUUUACAAAAUGAAAAGAGUUCUGUGGGUGGAUGUUGGUGAUGGUAGCACAACAACAUGAACAUAAGUAACACUACAGAGUUGUAUACUUAAAAAUGGCCAACUUCGAUCAAUUUUCCAUGCCAAGGUUAAAAAAUUGUUAAGAUGAUAACUUUUAUGUUUUGUUGUAUUUUUACCAAAAUCUUUUAAAAACAGCCUCAGCCUUGGGACAGUCAGGAAUUACUUUUGUUUGUCUACAGUUGAUCACAUACUCAGUUACUGACUAGCAACAACCAGUCAUUCAUUCAACAAAUAUUUAGUGAGCAUCUGCCAUGUGCCAGUUACUCUUCUAGAUACCUGGGGUAUAGUAGUGAAUAAAAUAAACAGAAAGCCCACAGAGCUUAUAUUCUAAACUGAUUUCAUAUUCAGGACUCAUUUUGAAACCUAAAUUCAGAGAAAGAACCAGAACUAGCCUGAGCAACAUAGAAAGACCCCAUUUCUACAAAAACUACAAAACUUAGGUGUGGUGGCAGGUGCCUGUUGUCCCAGCUACUCUGGAGGCUGAGGAAGGACUGCUUGAGCCCAAGAGUUUGAGGCUGCAGUGAGCUAUGAUUGUGCUACUGUACUCCAGCCUGGGCAACAGAGCACAACUCUGUUUCUAAACAAAAAGAAAGAAAAGAAAAGAAAAAGAGGCUGGGUGCGGUGGCUCACACCUGUAAUCCCAGCACUUUGAGAGGCCAAGGCAGGUGGAUCACCUGAAGUCAGGAGUUUGAGACCAGCCUGGCCAACAUGGCAAAACCCCACCUUUAUUAAAAAUACAAAAAUCAGCCAGGUGUAGUGGUGUGAGCCUGUAAUCCCAACUAUUCAGGGGGGCCUAGGUAGGAAAAUCACUUGAACCUCGGAGGCAGAGGUUGCAGUGAGCCAAGAUUGUGCCACUACACUCCAGCCUGGGCGACAGAGUGAGACUCUGUCUCAAAAAGAAAAAAAAAAGAAAAAGAACCAGAACUGGCAGUUGACCAAAUAUAUGAAAAAAUGUUCAACCUCACUGAAAUAGAGAAAUGCAAAUUAAAACUACACUUAUUUUCCUUUAUAGAUUGGCAGAAACUCCGAACUAUUGACAAAAUACUCUGUUGGUGAGGCUAUGGGGAAACAGGCGCUCUCAUACAUUGCUGGUGUAAGUGCAAAAUGACACAUUGUCCAGGGAGAGCAAUUAAGCAGUAUCUCCAUGAAUUCCACCAGUGCCUCAUCAGGCUUGCCAGUGAGUUCAACAAUGUACCUUCUGCCAUGGGAAUUGCAUCCAAUUUGAACCAGUUACUGUAAUUCAAUAAUAAAUUCUAAGAAAUAAAUGCAAAUUUAUAAAGACUAUAUGUAGAAAGAUGUUUAUUGCAGCAUUAUUUGUAAUCGUAGAAACUGCAAAAAAAUCUGCAAUGUUUCUCAAGAGAGAAAUGGUUGGAUAAACAAUGGUAUACUCGUGCUAUGGAAUAUUAUGGAAUCAUUGAAAAUGGCUAUGUUUGUCUACUUUCCCUCAUAUGUUAAAUAAAAAGUUGCAGACAAAAUGCAUAAUCAUCAAAAUAGCUAAUACAUUACCUUCACAAUGUGCCAAUGCCUGUUCUAAGGGCUUUUCAUAUAUUAUUUCAUUUAAUUCUCACAAGAACUUUAUGGGAUAAGUAUUAUUAUUAUCCCGUUUCAAAGAUGAAGAAGUCCAGGCAUAGAGAGGCUGAGUAGCCCAAAGCUAUCCAACUAGGGCCUGGAACCGAAGCCAGGCAGUCUGGCUCUGGCAUACCAGCAUAUAACCAUAAUUAUCUAAACAUAAUUCUGUGUUUGAAUACAUGUGGAUAUACAUAUAUUAUGUUUGAAUAUAUAUGUAUGGGUGUGUGUGUGUGUGUGUGUGUGUGUAUGUAGGCAUACACUCUAGCUCUAGUUCUAGACAUAUAAAUUUAGGGAAGAAAUGAAUACCCAUCAAAUUAUUAAGAAUGGUUAUGACUCUACAAAUUGGAUAGGAUGAAAGAAGUAGGGAAAGGAAUUUUUACUUCUUUAUGUAGUGUGUGUGAGAGAUUAUGUAUAUGUGGUUUCCAAUAUAUUUCAAGUAAGUUUUUAAACAACAACAACAACAAAAAACAGUUUGAGAGAGUCUUCCUGAAACUCGUCUAUUAAAAUCAUAUCCAUAUAGCUACGAGUCUACAGAAUUUUAAGACCUGGAUUUACCAUAAGCACAAAUGCCUUUCGGCAGCGGAUUCACCACUUCCCAACUUCCCAAGGUUGCGGGAAUCAUUUAAAAUAAAUUCUGCGAUCGGACCUACUUUCCAUACCCAAACACCCCCCCAAGAGUGAGUGAGUGAGUGUGUGUGUGUGUGUGUGUGUGUAUGUGUCCUAUUUAAUUCCUUCCCCCCUCCCCCAUUUCUACCUCUGGAUUUGUAGGGCAGUUGAACAUUCCUUUUCUACAACGUGCAUUCAUUUAAUGGAAAACUUUUACUUAGUUGGCUUCAACCUUUCCUUUUCUAGGAUAAAUCAAAUGGUUUUCGUUCCGCACCCUAACAAGGCAAGAAAUGACAAACUCCUCCGUCCCCCUACGCGGGCGCCGGAGCACGACGGGUCAAGUCGGAAUCGCCACGUGGAAACAACUCUCAGCAUCGCGAACUCCAAAUCCCGACGUGCAACGCGGGGCGGGAUGGGAACAGUUUGCAGGAACUGCAGAAGCCUGUGGCGUGGAACCUGGACAGGUCCCGUGCAGAAAGGGCGCUAUGCCUUACAGAAAAGCUCCUUGCCUCCCAAAUGACGCCCAGCCUUCCUGCCCCGUUCCACCGCUUUCACACGGCCCCGCCCCUCUGCAGAGUUGGUUUAUUCCCCGCAGCCACCGCUUCUUUCCCCAAAGAGAAAAAGGUGCUGCUGCGCCUUUUCAAGCCUUGGACCUUUACGCCCGCACUUUCCUCUGCCCAGAAAGCUUACUGCUUAACUCCAGUACAACUUACUGGUGCGCCUGGAUCCACCCCCGUCUCCACUCUGCUUAAGACACAGGAGGCUGAUAGGCUGGAAGAAUGAAUAGAUGACAUAAAAUAGUCAUUGUUAUCCCCACAUAACUUGGCAGCAAGAUUGUGGAACUCUGCAGUCAGACAGAUCGGGUUCCAAUACCAGUUCUUCCACUUACUAGCUGGGUAAACUUCCUUCAUCCUUCUGAGAGUUCAAGAAACGUUUGCUGAACGAAUGAAUAAGAUGUUUUGCAGAGAUAAUGCUUGUAUCGUGCCUGGCCCAAAAUCAGCGCUCAAUGGAAUUACUGGUCUCCCUACUAUAUGCCACCUUCUCUAUUUAUGCAGGUUCUGAGUUCCUCGCAGCGGGGGAACAUCUGGCUCGGUUCUAUCUCCCCAAGGCGCUGGGUUCCCAGAAGUUUCUAGAAUGAAUACGGAGGGCUACAUAUUUCACAUGCGCGGGGCGGGGAAACUGCUGGGCGAUUAGAGAUUCCCGAUGGAGCUGGCCCCUUCGUGGCGACCACAAGUCCUAUCACGCCGCAAGAAUCUCGGCUUGUUCACCUACAAAUGAAGGCCGACGAUACUUGCAGACCGAGUCUGACAUCUAUGGGACCCCACUCCUACCCUGCGCCUCCAGGGGCCGGGACAACCGUGACCCGUACCCACUCCUCGCGCCUCCGGGAUCAACCUCAGAAAUCUGUGGGCCCCCGGGGAAGACGCAUGCGCACUGCUCCCUCCUCGUCUCCUUCCCUUCGUUAAUUAGUCCGUCGCAUUUCAAGUGCUGGAUCCUUUUUGUCCCCUACUGCGUGCGGUGUCAGCUUCCUUGCGGAAGUGGUGACCGUGAGAGAAGAAGAUGGCGGCCCCUGUAGUGGCGCCGCCUGGUGUGGUGGUUAGUCGGGCAAACAAGCGCAGCGGCGCGGGGCCGGGAGGCAGCGGUGGCGGGGGAGCCAGAGGGGCGGAGGAGGAACCGCCGCCGCCCCUACAAGCCGUUCUGGUGGCCGAUAGCUUCGAUCGCCGCUUCUUCCCCAUCUCCAAGGACCAGCCUCGGGUCCUCUUGCCCCUGGCCAAUGUGGCAUUAAUUGACUACACUCUGGAAUUCCUGACUGCCACAGGUGUACAGGAAACAUUUGUCUUUUGUUGCUGGAAAGCUGCUCAAAUCAAAGAACAUUUACUGAAGUCAAAGUGGUGCCGCCCUACAUCUCUCAAUGUGGUUCGAAUAAUUACAUCAGAGCUCUAUCGAUCACUGGGAGAUGUCCUCCGUGAUGUUGAUGCCAAGGCUUUGGUGCGCUCUGACUUUCUUCUGGUGUAUGGGGAUGUCAUCUCAAACAUCAAUAUCACCAGAGCCCUUGAGGAACACAGGUUGAGACGGAAGCUAGAAAAAAAUGUUUCUGUGAUGACGAUGAUCUUCAAGGAGUCAUCCCCCAGCCACCCAACUCGUUGCCACGAAGACAAUGUGGUAGUGGCUGUGGAUAGUACCACAAACAGGGUUCUCCAUUUUCAGAAGACCCAGGGUCUCCGGCGUUUUGCAUUUCCUCUGAGCCUGUUUCAGGGCAGUAGUGAUGGAGUGGAGGUUCGAUAUGAUUUACUGGAUUGUCAUAUCAGCAUCUGUUCUCCUCAGGUGGCACAACUCUUUACAGACAACUUUGACUACCAAACUCGAGAUGACUUUGUGCGAGGUCUCUUAGUGAAUGAGGAGAUCCUAGGGAACCAGAUCCACAUGCACGUAACAGCUAAGGAAUAUGGUGCCCGUGUCUCCAACCUACACAUGUACUCAGCUGUCUGUGCUGACGUCAUCCGCCGAUGGGUCUACCCUCUCACCCCAGAGGCGAACUUCACUGACAGCACCACCCAGAGCUGCACUCAUUCCCGGCACAACAUCUACCGAGGGCCUGAGGUCAGCCUGGGCCAUGGCAGCAUCCUAGAGGAAAAUGUGCUCCUGGGCUCUGGCACUGUCAUUGGCAGCAAUUGCUUCAUCACCAACAGUGUCAUUGGCCCCGGCUGCCACAUUGGUGAUAACGUGGUGCUGGACCAGACCUACCUGUGGCAGGGUGUUCGAGUGGCGGCUGGAGCACAGAUCCAUCAGUCUCUGCUUUGUGACAAUGCUGAGGUCAAGGAACGAGUGACACUGAAACCACGCUGUGUCCUCACUUCCCAGGUGGUCGUGGGCCCAAAUAUCACGCUGCCUGAGGGCUCGGUGAUCUCUUUGCACCCUCCAGAUGCAGAGGAAGAUGAAGAUGAUGGCGAGUUCAGUGAUGAUUCUGGGGCUGACCAAGAAAAGGACAAAGUGAAGAUGAAAGGUUACAAUCCAGCAGAAGUAGGAGCUGCUGGCAAGGGCUACCUCUGGAAAGCUGCAGGCAUGAACAUGGAGGAAGAGGAGGAACUGCAGCAGAAUCUGUGGGGACUCAAGAUCAACAUGGAAGAAGAGAGUGAAAGUGAAAGUGAGCAAAGUAUGGAUUCUGAGGAGCCGGACAGCCGGGGAGGCUCCCCUCAGAUGGAUGACAUCAAAGUGUUCCAGAAUGAAGUUUUAGGAACACUACAGCGGGGCAAAGAGGAGAACAUUUCUUGUGACAAUCUCGUCCUGGAAAUCAACUCUCUCAAGUAUGCCUAUAACAUAAGUCUAAAGGAGGUGAUGCAGGUACUGAGCCACGUGGUCCUGGAGUUCCCCCUGCAACAGAUGGAUUCCCCGCUUGACUCAAGCCGCUACUGUGCCCUGCUGCUUCCUCUGCUAAAGGCCUGGAGCCCUGUUUUUAGGAACUACAUAAAGCGCGCAGCCGACCAUUUGGAAGCGUUAGCAGCCAUUGAGGACUUCUUCUUAGAGCAUGAAGCUCUUGGUAUUUCCAUGGCCAAGGUACUGAUGGCUUUCUACCAGCUGGAGAUCCUGGCUGAGGAAACAAUUCUGAGCUGGUUCAGCCAAAGAGAUAUAACUGACAAGGGCCGGCAGUUGCGCAAGAAUCAACAGCUGCAGAGGUUCAUCCAGUGGCUAAAAGAGGCAGAAGAGGAGUCAUCUGAAGAUGACUGAAGUCACACUGCCUGCUCCUUUGGGUGUGACUGAGUGCCCUCCUGGCUCCUGGGCUGGGACAAGUGAGGAACUAGCUGCAGAGGGAUGAGUGACCACCAUCCAGGCUGAGACUGAAAGGAGCAGAGGCUGGAACUACAGUAUUCUUUCCCCUGCUAGCAACCAUGUGCCUCCCAUCCUGACUGUGGAGUUGGGAUGUGGAAGUGGGGCUGGAACAAAGCUUCUGCCUAGGGAGGAGCUAAGCAGGCCCGGCAGUUGGAGGAAGGCCAGAGGAACAGCUUUGUGCUCCGGCUUUCCCUCAGGGAACAGCAGAGAGCAGUUGGCUCUUUCUGCUGCUUGUAUAUGUUAAUAUUAAAAGAGAGAGUGGUGUA